CAAUGGCGAGGCAGGUGUGGGCAUGAUGAGCGGAGUGGGUAGCUAUGGAAGUGGGUUUUUCGGCGCUGCAGCCACCGGCGUGGUAGGAGGUUCAACAUCGGCGGCUAGUGACUACAGCAGCAGUAGUACCAGCUGUUUUUACGCCCCCAAUGCUGCACAGGGAGCACCAACGGCUGGUGUUGUUAAUCCAACAACAAUGCUGUCCAAUUACUGUGACGCAGCUAUGAUGAUGGCAGCGGCGGCGGUGAAUGCCAAUCAAUGCCUUCAACAACACCACCGAAUGUUGCUCGCCAAUAGCGCUGGCAGCAGUCACAACCUCGCGAACGGUCACAAUAGCCACGACUGCAGUGACGAUAUUGACGGAGCAAGCGGUACAACCGUGAACGGAGACGCGAUCAUGCCAGCCACAUCCAUAUCGGCAGUGACAUCACCGACAACUUCGACGGCAUCCACGAGCGCUUCUGCCCCAAUGUCUACUGUCAAUUCAUCCGCCACUAGCAUCAGUCAACAAUACCAGCAGCAGACCCAACGCUGCCCCUCAAACGCGCAUCCACCCGCCCAACCGCAUAUGCACAUCCACGACCUCCAGGGGCAGCAACAACUGCAAACGCAGCUGGCAUCGUCACCAAACCUAAUCGAUAUCAGCGAAGUUCCUCUCGUUGUCGACGUCAAGUAAAUAUAGUAUAGUUGUAAUUGCGGUUCAAAGGAAAGCAGCUUAAAUAGAUUUCAAAAGUUUACGUUCAGAAUUGACCUAAACAAAAACUAAAAAAAAUACAAAAAAAAUAGAAGCUGAUGUGAAGACAUGUAAAAUUAGCAUAAAUUUUUACUCUUUAGAGUUGUUAAAGCGCAAUUUUUUAGAAAUUUAAUCAUUGUCAUGCAUUUGUAAAUAUUUUAAUAAUUAAUAUUUAUAGUAAUUUAUUUAUUGAAGUUAUACAAAUGGUUUUCCAAAACUAUGAAACUUGAAGCCAAAAAUUAAAAGUAAACGUAUUGACUUGCUUUGAAGCUGCAGCAAUUACAAAAUAGCAAUAGUCCAACCGUUUGAGGAUGAAUUAAAAUUUUUGUAGACUGCUCUUCUCGAACGAUGGCAACGCCUUAGCUAAGGAAUCACCUAAAAUGAGGCUGAUAAUAAUCACUACCGAAACAAAAACUAGUAUUUUGCUCUCAACCUAAUUUGCGGGAAAGUUAUGGUGGCUUCAAGUGACAUACUCUUUGAAAAAAAUGAUAGAAGCUUCAGAAUCUCGUUAAACGAGACUUGAAUGUUGUCUUAAAAGGUAAAAUGCAACAAUUUUCAUAUGCUUAGGCGAAAGCGAAAAUGAUAUAUCAAUAUUUGUGAAAUGGAAUGGCACUGAAUCUUACUUAAUUUCAGUUUACAUUUAAAAAGUACUUUUUAAUUUAUAAAAUACUUUUGUUUAUCGCGUGCAACUUGUUUGUUCUACACAUGCUUCAAAUACCAAAUUAAUUUUAAAAAAUUCCUAGUGUCUUCUAAUCGGAACUGUUGCAAUUUUGUGCUUUAUUAAAUAUUUUUAAACAAGUAAAAUUAAAAAUUUUACAAUUUACAAAUAAAUGUCCAGAAAACCUUAUUUUUAUUAAAAGCAGAAUUUAAUUAGCAAAUUUUUUAUUUUAUUUUACAAAGAUCAAAACCAGUGCAAGUUAGAUUUAAGCUGAAACACUUUUUAUUUAUUAUACAACAUGAAUAUAUUUUAUUUUGAAAUAAAGUUUGAUAUUUUUA